AUGUUGUCCUCGCCCGCUGCCAAGCUCUGCGCGGUGCUCCUCGCCGGCCUGGCGGGCCUUGCAGACGCGGUCACCGGCAGUGCUUCGGACAAUGCUGCCGUCUCCGUCCCCGUCCCCGUCCCCGUCCACGUCCCCGUCCACCAAGACACCGCCUCUCCGGAAGCCCAGAUCUUUGCCAAUCUCACCUUUGAGGAAUUCCAGCUCAAGGUGGAUGAGCUGCGACAGGGCAAAGUAAAGAAGCGACUUCCCCAUGGGGGGGAGCUCCUUAACUCGGCGGUUGCAAAUGAUCUACUAGAGGCCCUUCAUCACAUAUGCGGCUCUACGUUUACCUAUUGCGGAUUCGAAGUCCCGGUGGAUCAUCGAAAAUCUGACGGUACUCGUGCCAAGUUUACUGGCGAAUGGCACAUCGGCCAAAACCCUCUGAACAACAUCUAUAUAAACGAAGAGGGCCAAGGCCAUGUAAGUUUUGACUUUUCGGGCCAUGAUUCAUCCGGCUCACGUGUGAGACGCGUGGAGAAUGCCAAUAGCUGGGCGUGUAUGGGAUGCUCCCCGGGGGUGCUCAAAAUCACGCACUUUGACUCUCCAACCUUUGCUGUUGGGUUUGUCGAAGCUGCAUUAACCUUGGACCGGUCCGAGGUGCGAGUGGGAAAGACGGAAGACGCCAAAAGCUUGGCUCGACAUGUCCUGGCAACAAAUUCGAUGGUCAAGCCGUCCAGGGAGGCUUGA